AUGUCGGUCGAGCUACUCAGUGGCGGCGGCGGCGGCGGCGGUGGCCCCACCGUCUUCCUGCUUGGCGUGCACGAUUACCUGGGCAUCACGCUGGUCAUCGUGCCCGCCCUGUGCAUUGCCUUGGUGUUGGCCAUUUCCACCUGCCUGCGGAAACGCGGCCCGGCCGAAGUCCUCAGCCAGGUGUCGCCCUUCCUCUUUUGCGCCAGCCUGGCACAAACAUGCGUCUUCCUGUCGGACGUCGGGGCGGCGGCCGUCGGCGCGCUGGACUCGGCGGUCGACGAGGGGCCGUCCAUGAUGGCCACCAUGGUCGGCGACCCGGCCACCGCCACCGGCAUCCCUCCCGGCCGGGAGCUGCUGGUCCUCUUCCUGGUGGCCGCCUCUUUCCUGGGCCUGUCCUACUUCCUGCAGCUGCUCAUGAGCAUCCCCCUGGCACAGGCGGUCUUCAUUGACAACCCCUCCUGGGUGAUUGAUCGGGGCUGUGCCUUCCUCUCGUGUACCCUGGCGUCCGGGUUCCUGUGUGGCAAUGCCGGCUCCCUGCGCAUCCUCAGCGGCCACGCCGAGGGGAGGGCCUGCAUGUCCGGAGGCGCGCCCAGUGGCCAGCAUGAGGCCUAUUCGGUGCCCGCAUCUGCAGUCGCCUCGGCACCGGCCACCACUGUGACCCCCAGCGUCGGCGGGGGGGUUCAGUUUGGUCGCGAAAGCCGGCGCUUCUACCAGCUGAGCGUCGUCCUGUAUGCCUGUCUGCAUGUGGUCCCGCAAACGGUCCUGGCCCUGGCGCUGGUGGCGCUGAUUGCUCGCGGCCGGGUGCCGGCCAUUGCCGCGGCCUAUCCCGAAGUCCCGGUGUGGCUUGCAUGCUGCCUGGUCAAUCACAUGGCCGUGGUCGUGGCCUGUGCCGGGGGCUUCCUGCUCGACUGGCCCGGGGGGCUGGGCUCGGCUCGGUCCGAGGCCCAUGGGUCCAGCGGCCUCGGGUGUCAGUCCUCCGAGCGGGGAUCCUCACUUCACUUGGACCAGUUCGGGUCUCGGGAGAAUCUCCUGCUGCCCGGGGGCACUGCCGGCGAUCCGCUCGGGCGCCUGUUGCUCGCCACUUCCGGCAGUGCGCUCUUCCCACUGGGGUCCUCCUCCUCGGCGGCGCUUCUCAGUGGCGGCGGCGGCACCGGCAGUGGCCAGCUUGCGUCGGCCUCCGGGUCGGCCUCCAUCUACAAGGGCCGCUUUUCGGCCGGCAGCGCGCACGACUCCUCGGACCUCGGCGGCAGCGGUGCCAUCUACAGCAGUGGGGCCUUUCUAAUGGAGACUUUCCUGGCCGGCGCCCCGGGGACGCGCAUCAGUGACUUGUCGGCGGCGGCGGCGACGGCCGCCGCGGCGGCGGCCCUUGCCGCCGUGUCCUCAUGCCCCCCGCCGGCCCGUCCGGACUGCUGUGAUCCCACAUGUGCCCUGUGUGGAUCCAGCAGCGAUGCCUCUCGCAUCGGCCGACCUGGGGCCCCUGGCUGGUGGUCCGGUCGGCGGUCAAUCGGCCUGGCAGCCGGCGUUCCCCCGUCCGAGGGCGCCUCGACCGAUGCCACAGCCACUGUCAGUGGCCGGGCACAUGCCUCUGGCUGGCUGGACGAUCCGGAAGCGGGACGCCCAGCCGGCGAGCUCCCGCUUGGUGGCGCCCGGCCCGGGGAAGUUGCUGCCCCCCUGAGCGAAGUGCAGUUCCUUCGCCUGGCUGGCGCUUCGCCCGCGGGUGCCAUUCCACCCGGGAGUAGCGUCAAGAUAUUGGCCCCUGCUGCUGUCCCCUCGAUCGACGAGGAGUCGGUCCCUCUGACCGGUGAUGAGGCGGACUCCGAGUUCACCGCCUCCGAGAGCCUGUCUUCCCUCUCAUUGUCGGAAUUGUAGUUGCGUUCGGCCGUGCUUCCCCGGCCGCGCUUCCCCUCCCGCCUUGCUCUCCUUCCGCCUCCUGAGAGCCGGAUGCCGCCAACCACACGACAAAGACGGCCAACCCCCUUCUAUCCCCCUUCCCUUUCCCGCACACCCCCACAUACAUAUAGACGUGCCUGUUCUCGG